AUGUCGGGGUCAGGCAGACGGGCUCAGUGUCAGAGCAGGCAGAAUGGUCAGGCAGGCGGGCUCAGUGUCAGCGCAGGCAGAAUGAUCAGGCAGCCGGGCUCAGUAUCCUUUCCUCAUCUGAGUCUUGUAUUGUGCUUUCAUACGGUAGGCCUGUCUGAGACAUCAUGGAGGGUAACAACAGUAGGUCUGUCUGAGACAUCAUGGAGGGUAAUAACAGUAGAUCUGUCCGAGACAUCAUGGAGGGUAAUAACAGUAGAUCUGUCUGAGACAUCAUGGAGGGUAAUAACAGUAGGUCUGUCCGAGACAUCAUGGAGGGUAAUAACAGUAGAUCUGUCUGAGACAUCAUGGAGGGUAAUAACAGUAGAUCUGUCUGAGACAUCAUGGAGGGUAAUAACAGUAGGUCUGUCUGAGACAUCAUGGAGGGUAAUAACAGUAGAUCUGUCUGAGACAUCAUGGAGGGUAAUAACAGUAGGUCUGUCCGAGACAUCAUGGAGGGUAAUAACAGUAGAUCUGUCUGAGACAUCAUGGAGGGUAAUAACAGUAGAUCUGUCUGAGACAUCAUGGAGGGUAAUAACAGUAGAUCUGUCCGAGACAUCAUGGAGGGUAAUAACAGUAGGUCUGUCUGAGACAUCAUGGAGGGUAAUAACAGUAGGUCUGUCCGAGACAUCAUGGAGGGUAAUAACAGUAGGUCUGUCCGAGACAUCAUGGAGGGUAAUAACAGUAGGUCUGUCUGAGACAUCAUGGAGGGUAAUAACAGUAGGUCUGUCCCAGACAUCAUGGAGGGUAAUAACAGUAGGUCUGUCUGAGACAUCAUGGAGGGUAAUAACAGUAGGUCUGUCCGAGACAUCAUGGAGGGUAAUAACAGUAGAUCUGUCUGAGACAUCAUGGAGGGUAACAACAGUAGGUCUGUCUGAGACAUCAUGGAGGGUAAUAACAGUAGAUCUGUCUGAGACAUCAUGGAGGGUAAUAACAGUAGAUCUGUCUGAGACAUCAUGGAGGGUAAUAACAGUAGAUCUGUCCGAGACAUCAUGGAGGGUAAUAACAGUAGGUCUGUCUGAGACAUCAUGGAGGGUAAUAACAGUAGGUCUGUCCGAGACAUCAUGCAGGGUAAUAACAGUAGGUCUGUCCGAGACAUCAUGGAGGGUAAUAACAGUAGGUCUGUCUGAGACAUCAUGGAGGGUAAUAACAGUAGGUCUGUCCGAGACAUCAUGGAGGGUAAUAACAGUAGGUCUGUCUGAGACAUCAUGGAGGGUAAUAACAGUAGGUCUGUCCGAGACAUCAUGGAGGGUAAUAACAGUAGGUCUGUCCGAGACAUCAUGGAGGGUAAUAACAGUAGGUCUGUCCGAGACAUCAUGGAGGGUAACAACAGUAGGUCUCUCUGAGACAUCAUGGAGGGUAACAACAGUAGGUCUGUCUGAGACAUCAUGGAGGGUAACAACAGUAGGUCUGUCUGAGACAUCGUUGAAGGUAACAACAGUAGGUCUAUCUGAGACAUCAUGGAGGGUAAUAACAGACAACAGAGACAAAGAUCAUGAUAAAGAUCAGAAGAAAGACCCCAGAUCCCUGCUCCUCAAUGUUCUCCUGCUGUUUGGCGACCACGCUCCUAAAUGUUCUCCUGCUGUUUGGUGACCACGCUCCUAAAUGUUCUCCUGCUGUUUGGUGACCACGCUCCUAAAUGUUCUCCUGCUGUUUGGUGACCACGCUCCUAAAUGUUCUCCUGCUGUUUGGCGACCACGCUCCUAAAUGUUCUCCUGCUGUUUGGCGACCACGCUCCUAAAUGUUCUCCUGCUGUUUGGCGACCACAAUCCUAAAAGUUAUCCUGCUGUUUGGGGACCACGCUCCUCAAUGUUCUCCUGCUGUUUGGGGACCACACUCCUAAAAGUUCUCCUGCUGUUUGGCGACCACAAUCCUAAAAGUUCUCCUGCUGUUUGGCGACCACAAUCCUAAAAGUUAUCCUGCUGUUUGGGUACCACGCUCCUCAAUGUUCUCCUGCUGUUUGGGGACCACACUCCUAAAAGUUCUCCUGCUGUUUGGCGACCACAAUCCUAAAAGUUAUCCUGCUGUUUGGGUACCACGCUCCUCAAUGUUCUCCUGCUGUUUGGCGACCACACUCCUAAAAGUUCUCCUGCUGUUUGGCGACCACACUCCUAAAAGUUCUCCUGCUGUUUGGCGACCACACUCCUAAAAGUUCUCCUGCUGUUUGGCGACCACGCUCCUAAAAGUUCUCCUGCUGUUUGGCGACCACACUCCUAAAAGUUCUCCUGCUGUUUGGCGACCACACUCCUAAAUGUUCUCCUGCAGUUUGGCGACCACGCUCCUAAAUGUUCUCCUGCUGUUUGGCGACCACACUCCUAAAAGUUCUCCUGCUGUUUGGCGACCACACUCCUAAAAGUUCUCCUGCUGUUUGGCGAAGGCGUCUUAUGAAUCUGUAGACGUCUCAAUUUGUAAAGUACCACCAGGUGAGAAGAGGAUGGUUUAUCACUACACAUUCAAUCUGAGUCUCUCUACCUCCCUCCCCAAGUCUCUGAAUAGCCUGUUUCUCCCCUCAGACUCUACUGUGAAGCCGCCCACCAGACAGUCUCAUGUCAACAACCCAGAAACCAGCGACCACAUAAUACAUUUGGAGAAUACUGAGCUGCAAGGUUUCCCCCCUGGUGCCAAGAGGUCGAACAACACCCCACAGCUAGGGCCCUCUAGUAGGAAGAGGGACAGGGGAGGGGUGGAAGACAAGAUGAAAGGAACGAGCUCAACCAGGGUUCCAGUCAGAAGCAGAAUCAGGAUCAAAAUAUCAAGUUCCUGGUCAAUGUGCCCAUGUGGGUCCCACUACCUGACAACAGCCGACCACUGGACCAAAUCCAGUCACAGUGUAACGGCCGUUGUUGGUGGAAGAAGAUGGGGAGGAAACACCCUGUCGUUCUCAACCAACAUCAAGGCGGUGGCCCGUUC